AUGUCGCCAGAGUAUGACGGAAGCUUGAUGGCCUCGAUCAACGAAAUGAAGAGUUACAUUGACUACCGCCAUCUUCCUCCGGAAGGCAAUAGCGGCACCGGCAUCGUCUUUGCAAUCAUCUGUGUCGGCCGGAUGGCAGCAGCUCCCUUCAUCUGGUUCUCGGGCUGGAAGGGAAGACGAGCUGCCAUUUUUGUCGGCUGUGUUGGUACUUGGGUUGGCGCGAUUGUGAUGGCUACCUCUCCGACGUUAGGCGGCUUCAUUGCAGGUCACUUUGUACUCGCUUCUUCGGGCCUAUUGCCUCCAGUUCGGCUCCUCUAUACCUCAUGA